GCUGCAGGAGCAGAAGACCGAGGGAGGAUCGCAGUGUCGGAUACUAACAUCUCUACUUUAAUCUGCACAGGAGAUGAAAUCCACAUUUUAAGCGCGCGAAAAAACUUUACUCCAGCCCGACAAAAUGACGGUGGAUUUUGAAGAUUGCAUUAAAGAUUCACCCCGGUUUAGGGCAAACAUUGAUGAGGUGGAGACGGAGGUUGUGGAGAUCGAGGCAAAACUAGAUAAGCUGGUGAAGCUAUGCAGCGGGAUGAUUGAAGCGGGGAAGGCGUAUGUGAGCGCCAACAAACUCUUUGUCAACGGCAUCCGGGAUCUGUCCCAGCAGUGCAAGAAGGAUGAGAUGAUCUCGGAGUGCCUGGAAAAGUGCGGGGAAAGCCUCCAGGAGAUCAUCAACUACCACAUGAUACUGUUUGAUCAAGCUCAGAGGUCUGUGAAGCAGCAGUUGCACAACUUUGUGAAAGAGGAUGUUCGGAAGUUCAAGGAGACCAAGAAGCACUUUGACAGGGUGCGUGAGGAUAUGGAAAUAGCGCAGGUGAAGAACGCCCAGGCGCCGAGGAACAAGCCUCACGAGGUCGAGGAAGCCACCAGCACGCUCAGCAUCACCCGCAAGUGCUUCCGACACCUCGCCUUGGAUUACGUUCUACAGAUCAAUGUCCUCCAGGCGAAGAAGAAAUUUGAGAUCCUAGAUGCAAUGCUGUCAUUCAUGCACGCCCAGUACUCGCUGUUCCAGCAGGGCUACAACCUGCUGGAUGAGAUCGACCCGUACAUGAAGAAACUGGCUGCUGAGCUGGAUCAGCUGGUGAUUGAUUCAGCCAUGGAGAAGAGGGAAAUGGAGCAUAAACAUGCCACCAUUCAGCAGAGGACCCUCAUGCAGGACUUUUCGUAUGACGACUCUAAGGUGGAGUUCAACGUGGAUGCUCCUAAUGGUGUGGUGAUGGAGGGAUACCUGUUCAAGAGGGCCAGCAAUGCCUUUAAGACCUGGAACAGACGGUGGUUCUCCAUACAGAACAGUCAGCUGGUCUAUCAGAAGAAGCUCAAGGAUUCUCUGACGGUGGUGGUGGAAGACCUCCGGCUGUGCUCCGUUAAACCAUGUGAGGACAUCGAGAGGCGGUUCUGCUUUGAGGUCGUAUCCCCCUCCAAGAGCUGUAUGCUUCAGGCUGAAUCAGAGAAGCUAAGACAAGCCUGGAUUCAGGCAGUUCAAGCGAGCAUCGCUUCAGCCUACAGAGAGAGCCCAGAUACCUACUAUAUAGAGCAUCUGGACAGAACUGCCUCCCCGUCCACCAGCAGUAUUGAUUCAGCCAGUGAGCCACGGGACCGCAGCGCCCGGGGGGAGACCAUCCUGCAGCGGAUCCAGUGUCUGCCGGGGAACGAGCAGUGCUGUGACUGCAGCCAGGCCGACCCCCGCUGGGCCUCCAUCAACCUGGGCAUCCUGCUGUGUAUCGAGUGCUCCGGCAUCCACAGGAGUCUUGGGGUUCACUGUUCGAAGGUUCGCUCACUCACACUGGACUCAUGGGAACCAGAAUUAUUAAAGUUGAUGUGUGAGCUUGGAAAUAGUGUCAUCAACCACAUCUAUGAAGGCUCAUACCAAGAACAAGGUCUGAAGAAACCAUUACCCUCCAGUUCAAGGCAGGAGAAAGAGGCUUGGAUUAAGGCGAAGUAUGUUGAAAAGAAAUUCCUGAAGAAGCUGGGCUCCACAGAGAUACUCAUCAACGGAGAGAGGAAGCCCGACCGGCGGUGGAGUGUAAAGAAGUGUCGGAGACACAACAGUGCAACCACAGUAUCCAAAACACGGCGAAGAUACCGACAAGAGCCCGGAAGCACCUCCCCUUCUACCCUCUCCUCAGCUGCUGCUAAGUUUAGACGAGACUCCCUGUUUUGUCCUGAUGAGCUGGACUCUCUCUUCUCUUACUUUGACACAGGAUCUGGGCCUCGAAGCCUAAGCAGUGACAGCGGGUUGGGAGGCAGCACAGACGGCAGCACAGACAUCCUGGUGUUUGGCUCAGUGGUGGACAGCGUCACAGAGGAGGAGUGUGAGGUCUCCGAGGACUCAAGUGGCGAAGCAGAGCUGGAGGCCGAGCCAGAGACGUCAGACCCGGAGGACAUAAGGGACCUUCAUCCCGGCGCGCUGCUGUACAAGGCCUCAAAGGCCCGCAACCUGCCUGUCAUGGCUGAAGCACUCGCUCACGGGGCCGACGUCAGUUUGGUCAGCGAUGAGGAUGAAGGGAAGACGCCCCUCAUACAGGCAGUGAUUGGCGGUUCGCUGAUCGCCUGCGAGUUCCUGCUCCAGAACGCUGCUGACGUCAACCAAAGAGACGCACGAGGGAGGGGCCCGCUGCAUCAUGCCACAUAUCUGGGACACACAGGGCAGGUGUGUUUAUUCCUCAAAAGAGGAGCUACACAGAACGACGGGGAUGAAGAUGGCCAGGACCCUUUGAGUAUAGCUGUACAGCAAGCCAAUGCAGAUAUAGUCACACUCCUGCGUUUGGCCAGGAUGAAUGAGGAGAUGCGGGAGUCGGAGGGACCCUUUGGACAGCCAGGUCAAUACCCAAUCAGCAGUCCCACUGAGCAACAGUAUAAGAAAUGCAUUCAGGAGUUUAUCUGUCUCAAUAUAGCAGAGUGCUAGAAUAAAGCCCAGUCAGGUUUAAAAAAACAAAAAACAAACAGUGUAAAACCAGUGCAGGGGGUGCCAAGAGACAUUUGACUGACUGAGAGAGACCUGUUGGGGAUGCUCCUACUUGUUUCCUCCACUUGUUCUCUCGAGAACAGACUUUUCACCACCAGAUUAACUUCAUCUCUACAUCAGAUAUAUCCAGAAUAUUUCUAGUGUUCCUCCCCCCAGCACUGUCUAUCUACAUUAGACCAGAAACCAGAGUCCACCAGCAGUCAGCUCCCCUCUCAGGAUCACACAUGAACUCAGUGUUAACCUCCUUUUUAAAUGAUGUCAGAUUUAGAGCGACGAACUUUUGCCAAAAAAACAAAAACAAAUCAGUGUAGAUGGGCGUAGUGAGGUCCGAUCAGUCUGAUCACUGCAGACUUGAGAAAUCACUGGCAGGGAACAGCAGCAAUCAGUAGACCACCAACAAAGUCAUCAGCAGUGUAUCCGGGACCAACUUUGCCCUUUAUCUGGAGGUUUUACAGGGUACAGGGUGCUCUGAACCAAAGACCUUCUUCAACAGCUCAUUUGUCCCAACAGUUCUAGGUUUAAUUUCAUCGUGUUGUUAUUGUAGUGCUAAGUGGGAGGAGAUAUUUUGGGCGCCCUUGGUUCUAGAAGUAACAGUCGCAUUUAUUUUUAUCUUAGACAGUGUUACAUGACUGUUACAGUUGGAUGAGAAAAAUAUCUGGUUCCAUGAUAGAGUCAAAGUCCGUGUACAUAAAAACUUUAAUAAUAUAAUAAUAAUUUAACUACAACUCCCAAUGUGCAUUUCAGCAAGAACCAUCCAAUCACAGAGCAGGGAAGUUUCAAGUCUGGGCCAGUUGAAGGUGAAUUCAGCAACUAUGGCGCCGUCUUUUGUCCCCAACUGCAAUGACAAAGUGUUUUGAAUUGGUUAAUACCUCUAACUGGCUUCUUCUCCAUGGCAAUAGCAGCCUAAGCUCAUGGGUAUUGUAGUAUUUAAGAGCCAUUCACCAUAUCAAAAUGACAUGUUUUCUCAGAAACGUAGAAAUAAUUCAAACUGAUGGUCAUAACAUGAACCUGUAAGAUUGUUACACUAUUCAGAAGAGUCUUGUAAUUCUGUGUAAAGAAAAAUUUAGAUGGAAAUACAGAAUUGGGGGUAAAACACUUCUGGAACCAGCCCUCCCACUUCACAGCUCUUUACAGUAUUUGUAGCCCAGAUGAGUAUGGGAAUGAUGCCAAACUGACGAGUACAGGGUAGUGCCGCCAAUUCACUCAACUAAAUCUGAUCUGGCUGUGCUUUUUUUUUUUUACUUACCUUAGGAUCUGUUGUCCAUGCACAUGUGAUCAGUGGAGGUAGCACUCUUUCUUUUAAAUUGUAACGGUCAUUGAGGGGUAACUGUGAGGCUGUGAUAACUGUGACUGGCAGUAAAUGAUCAUGGAGUCAUUUCUCUGAAUCGAUUUGAGAGACUGAUCAAGUGAAGCUUUUAUGUUUAAUUAAAAGCAAAAUUAUGCACUUUUUUCUUACCAACAGUGAUUUGGAUUUUCUUUUUGCGCCUAUGUCGUUGUACCGUCUUUUUUUUUUCUCAUGAUAGGUUUGAAUUUUCUUUUUUUUAUUUAUAACAAAAAUCCCAGAGCAAUAGUGCAAUGAUUAUUUCAGUACAGAUAAUCUGUAUUUUUUGUAUUAUGUUUGACAACAAUGCAGAUGGUAUUUUUUUAAGCUGGAUAUAUUUUGUUAGAUUUUAUUUUGCUGAGCACUCACACACAGUGCCAGUAUUAUAUUCUCAUUAUGAGAAAGCAAGCCAAUACUCCACAGUCUCAUUAUAUUAUAAUCACUUGGAGUAAUUUUGCAGUACAAACUGCAGUGGAAGGUGGACAUUUUUGAUAAACCACACUUACAUGUAUUACUGUAUAGUAUUUGUAUGUUAAAAUGUUUGUUUAUGUAAUAUAAUUAGGCCUAUAUUAGAUUUGUUCUUCAGUUAUAGUGCAUGGGUGGCUAUUGCUCAGGUCUUCCUAAGCCCUGUUGCUUUUGUUUACUUCUGUACCCAGUGUAUCUGAAUAUAUGACAUUUAGUAUUGUUGAAUAAUGUUACUAUCCGUAUCAUAUAUAUAUAUACUGCCAAAUCAUGACAAAAGUGCAUGGAAUGACAUUCAUGACAGAAAUCAAUAGACUGAACACCCCUUUCCCGCUGUCUUACAUUGGCUGGAUAAUGUUUCUGCGAAAAGCUUGAUGACAAUGAACAUGGCAGCUAAGCCGUGGCCCAAAACUAAGUUUAUUUUUAUUUGACCCCCUUCGUAGUUCACAGUAAAUGACAGUGAUCCAGAAUGUGCUGGAGACGACUGUUAGUCAAAGCAUUGAACAGCCUCGUCUGUGACUGACCACAUUGUUGCUCACAUGUUAUGAGGCAAAAUCAGCCUAAAGAAAAAUGUUGGUGAAUUUUUUUUUUCCCAAAGAUGGAGCUUGUCCUUCUUUUGCUAUUGACUGUUGGGGUUUAGUUCACACCAAAGACCAGAGACAGUUUUUCAGAGAGCCACCAAGUAUUUGUGCUAUUUUCUUUCUCAAAGCAGGCCAUGAUUUUUUGUAUACCUUUUAAGGGGCUGUACACAAAUUAUUUUGGUGGGGAAUGGGGGGGGGUUAAACUUUAUAUUUUGCUUGCAGGGCUAGCUGGUGAGCUAUUGCAGCUGGAGAGCUAACUGCUAACAUGCUAGCCAGCAGGGAACAUGUUUGUCACUAUAGUUCUCUGAGGUCCUUGCUAUGUCCUCUGUCAUUUUAUUUUCUUGUUUGCUCAUUAUUUCAAUCAGUAGAGUUUUACUGAAGGAGGAAAAAAGCUCUCCAAGCUAACAAGCUUGCUAACUGUCAGUUAAUAGCAUUACCUGUAACUUAGCAAGCUUGUUGGCUUCUUUGCUAAUGGAACAAUAAGAUCAUACAGUUUAUUCAACUCAUUGCCCUUUUGUAGAGGAGUUUACACUCCAACAGAGAAAGGGACAGUGCUACAUAGCUAUUAAGCUCUGAUAGCUUCCUUCAUUUUGGACUCUCUGGCUUUACGUUCCCUCAAAGGUCAGCACUGUCAAAACAGCCUUCUAUUGUUGGUUGGUGUUCACCAAAGUUGACCUUCCACCUUGAUAAUUCCCAUACAGUCCCUUGCUUGUAUUUGCCAACAUGUGUUUGGAGUCCUUUAGCAGUGAAAGAUUUUUAAAGGAUGUGGCAGCGACAGAAAGAUCAACUCACUUGUUCUCCUUUCCCUUAUUGCUUGUCAGAGAUAGAGUCAACGCACUUUGAAACACACAAUAUCUCUUAAUCCAGCCUUUUCUUAUUUAGUGCAGUACUUUACAAAAGUUCACCGGAAGCAGACUACUAGAUGAAUGAUGUCAACACUAACCAAACAAUCAUUUACAUUGAGCCACUGAAUGAUUAUGUCUUGUACAGUACAAUGUGUUUACAGUGUAUGAGUCAGUAUGUCAACAUGUUGACUGUUGUGUAUAUAAACUAAAAACUAUUAACACUUUAACUGCUUGCUUCUUACAUGCAAUUUUUAACUUUGUUGUAUUUUUUCCUCUCUGACUGUUACCUGUACAAUUUCUUCGAAUAUUGUAAGAGAACGUUUGUCUCUGAAAAUACGGUACCUGUGCAUAUUAACACUAACUGCUACCUAUGUUUGUUUUUUGUUUAAUAACUCCUCCCAGUGUCUUCUAAAAUGAUACUGAAAAUAAAUGGAAGAUGUGACUGAA